AUGGGUACUGUUCUGUCUCUGUCGCCGAGGUCAAGGAAGGCAGCGGGCGGUGUGUGUGUGGACGAGAAACCGGACCUUGCGACCGGCGGGAAACCACAGGAGAAGAGCCUAAAGAAGCGCCACUCGGUGCUGCUCCAUGCUUUGACGUGGAAGCGGCUGGUAGCCGCAUCGGCCAAGAAGAAGAAUGCCAAAAAGGUGAACCCCAAACCCGAGGCCAGCAAGGCCAAAUCCGACCCCUUGGUGGACCAGCUCAACACCGACAACAUCAAGAAAUCACAACCGUCCAACGGAAUACUCGACCGAAAACCGACAGGGCCCAAACCCGGGCCAAUUCCUGUGCCUGUUCCUACAGUACCGGACCAGACCCGGCGGCAGACCCAGAAUGGACGCUUAUUCAUCUCCCCUCGGAGGGUGGUGGUGCAGGCGUCCACCGGCGAGCUCCUGAGGUGUCUCUCUGACUUUCUCUGCCGCCGCUGCUUCAAGCUCAAAGAGCUCACGGCCAAUGAGGUCAUCCUGUGGUUCCGUAACGUGGACCGGGCUCUGUUAGUGCAGGGCUGGCAGGACCAGGGCUUCAUCACCCCGGCUAACCUGGUCUUCGUCUACUUGCUCUGCCGAGAGGCCGUGGAGGAAGACACGGUGUCUGAAUACGAGCUGCAGGCAACCUUCCUCACCUGCCUGUACCUGGCCUACUCCUACAUGGGCAACGAGAUCUCCUACCCGCUCAAGCCGUUCCUGGUGGAGUCCAGCCGGGAGGCCUUCUGGGAGCGGGCCCUUGGUCUCAUUGACCGGAUGAGCGGGCCAAUGCUGAGGAUAAACGCAGACCCGCACUACUUUACCGAGGUGUUCCAGGACCUGAAGAACGAGGGAGGGUCAAGGGAGAAGGAGAAGGAGAAG